GUACCUUAAGCUCAUCAAAGACAAUCAUAUCCAGGUGAUUGGCUGAAAGAGCUGUGAAAAGGUAGUGGGUGUGUGGGGUGAAAUCAGCGCACUUCUGUGGAAGAAACCAGAGGCAAUUAAUUCACUCGGGUGCGAGUGGGUAUAUUGUUGUGUGACCACCAAUUUUAACAGAAGAAUUGAUCAAGCCCUAGAUCGACUGCGCGCAGGGAAACUGAUCAAUAUUGUAGGUAUAUUGAGUGUUUGUUUUUAGCUUCAUGAUUUUAAAUGGUUUCAUAAAAUUGGUAUUUUAUUGGGUAAUAUUUUAAUUGAUAAUGUUGUUUGUUUUUCAGCGGUGCUGUCUCUGCUGUCCUUUUUUUCGUUCUUUUGAUUGAUUUGUAAUUUUCUUUUGGUUAGUCCGUCCAGCCGUAAAGGCGGUUAUUGAUUGAGAGUGAGUCGUGUAAGGGCGGACUAACCUCCCUUUUUUGUUUUUUGUUUUUUUUUGUUUUUUAAGGACAGCAGGGACAGGUUUGUAAGAUUGGAGUGAAGGAGCAGCCAGGUCUCCAUCAUGGAAGGAAGCGAGCAACAAACAAUGGCCCAACGUAUACAGGAGUUGGAGAAUGAACUUAGAGACUUGAAAACAGCAUCAGUGGGUACAGAGAGGCCCUCCACGUCAACAGGAGCUACAGGAAGCGAAUCAGAGACUGUGAGACCCAAUCCUGUGGUAUAUGUACAGCAGGAUAGAAAGUUGCCAACAUUUUCAGGGAAGCUGGACAAUAUGGGCUCACUGACUCUAGAUGAGUGGAUUGAACAAAUGAGAGACUUUGUGCACACGAGAGGCAGAACUGAAAAAGAGCAAGCUCAAAUAAUUUUUAACCAUUUAGAGGGUACUGCACGCACUGAGAUAAAGUUUUUACCAAAAGAACAGAAAGAAAAUGUUGAGAAAAUUUUUGAUACACUGAAAGAAACUUACAGCUGCUUAGAUUCCCACAUUUCUUUGCAACGCAGAUUUUUCAAUCGUAAACAAUUAGAAGGUGAGUCUCUAAUUGACUUUUCUCAUUCUUUGAUGGCCUUAAUGGACCAGAUUAUUAAAACGGAUGAGGAAGCCGCAAGAAAAGCUUCAAAAGAUCUGCGUGAUCAAUUUUGUGAUGGUGUUAGAGAUCAGACAUUGAGGAUUAGGCUGAGAGAUUUAAUUAAUGCCAAUCCACAGUGGACGAUUCGUGAGGCGAGAGCUGAAGCGACCAGGUGGAUGGCACAGUAUGAGAAUCAGCCUUUUAGGUCUAGAUAUAAUCAGUCUAUUUCAGUCUCUGCAGAUAUGCAAGCUUCCUGUGAAAGUGUAGAUUCUAGAACAUCAGAAUAUGCUGAGUUGGUGUCCCUUUUUAAAGCCCAACAGACACAAUUAGAGUUGGUCAUUAAGGCAUUAAACCCACAGGAGGUGGCUGCUUCUAGCAAUCACACUUCUCGACGUAGAAGAACGGUGAAUGGUAAACCCAUUUGUUUUAGGUGUGAGCAAGUUGGACAUAUUGCCCGUUUUUGUCCGACAUUACCCAAUUCUGAUGGAAAUCAGCAUGAAAGAGCAGCUAGGGCUGAGGGCCAAACUACUGGGGCGGCGGAAAACUAGUACCCACCAGUGCACAGAGCCACACACUGGUGGGAGGGUUGCAAGGCUCCAAUAACAUAGAACUCAGUCAUCUAGUUGGUGAAUGCUUGGAAGGGGAGGUUGAUUUGGGUGGGGUUAUUAUUUCAUGUUUGCUGGACACAGGGUCCAUGGUCACAACAAUCACAGAAAGCUCUUUUAGAAAUAACUUUUCUCAUCUCAGUGACGAAAAGCUUAAAGACUGUGGUUGGUUGGGGCUUAAAGCAGCAAAUGGGUUACAAAUUCCUUAUUCUGGGUAUAUUGAGUUGGAUGUUACAAUCCUGGGAAUUCACCUACCUCGUCGAGGGGUGUUGAUUGUGGGAGAUCCAACAGAUAGCCACAUGGCACAGAAAAAGACAUCUGUACCUGGUGUGUUAGGAAUGAAUGUAUUAAACCCUCUGUACUCUGAAUUGUGUAAACAAUAUGGUUCUGACCUCUGGGAGGCUCCAGUUUUGAAGACUGCGCCCCGUGGGUGGAGAAGAGCGCUGAGAUACUGCCAAAUGAUGGAGGCUAUGGCAAAUUCUCCCGAACCCCAUCGUGUUAGAGUACAGGGUAAGAAGUCUUUCUGUG